AUGGUUUACCUCAAAUCCAAGCUUCUGAAGUCAGAUUUCAGUAAAGGAAUGGGCACAUUUGCGCCUCUGGGGCCGCCUGCGCUGCGGCCAAACGCUGACAUCGCAGCGAGACUGAAGCGCCACAGAUUCUCGAGUUUUCAUGGAAAGAGGAAACACUGUGUUGUGGAGCCGUCCCUUGUGAGGAACCGAGGGAAGAUGCAGAAGAAUCCACCCGGCCUCCUCUCCACAAUUAAAAAAAUCAUACGUGGCAAUGCUGUUAAGGUGGAGCAGGAAAUUCCUGCCAAGAAAAGUUGUAUUGAUUGUAAAUCUGAUGGUAGUUUUAUUACUUCAAAACCACAAACUCGAGGCCUUGCCAAUAAAGCAGGGAAUAGAGUUUGUAGAAAAAGUCUCAAUAAAGAUAUGCUAACCCUCAAUAGUAAACCUUUGAAGCCAAAUGGAAAACUAGAGGCCCCCGUUGAAGAAGAGAACAGCCCUCCUCGUACUACUUUGCUCGGGACCAUCUUUUCUCCUGUCUUCAACUUUUUUGCACCAGCAACAAAAUUAGCCACUCCUGGAUCAGACUCUCCGGGCCAAGCAGUGGAGGCAGAGGAGAUAAUGAAGCAGCUAGACAUAGAGCCGGCAGAGGAGAUGCCGAGUAGCACUCUCACAUCCACUGAAAGCAUCACUCUCUGUCAUGGCGACAAUGAGUUACCCCCAAGGCUCCAUAUUAGCACUGACUCCAUUGAAGAAGACGAGAUAGUGACAGAAACCGAUAUGCCGCCACUAACAGCUCAAGGCUGUAUCCCAGGUGGAGGGUAUCAUCACACUUUACCUCCAGUUCCUGUAGAAACCUCAUAUGAGGACGAGUGGGAAGUAUUUGAUCCCUACUUUUUUAUCAAGCACGUGCCUCCGUUAAAUGAAGAGCAGCUGACGAGAAAACCAGCACUACCCUUGAAAACACGCAGCACUCCGGAGUUUUCCCUUGUUUUAGAUUUGGAUGAAACACUGGUGCACUGCAGUUUGAACGAGCUCGAAGAUGCAGCUUUGACUUUCCCUGUGCUCUUUCAGGACGUCAUAUACCAGGUUUAUGUUCGAUUAAGGCCCUUUUUCCGAGAGUUUCUUGAACGUAUGUCUCAGUUGUUUGAGAUAAUUCUCUUCACUGCUUCAAAGAAAGUCUAUGCAGAUAAGCUUCUAAAUAUCCUGGAUCCUAAAAAACAGCUUGUCAGGCACAGAUUAUUUCGGGAACAUUGUGUUUGUGUCCAAGGAAACUACAUCAAAGACCUGAACAUCCUUGGACGAGAUCUCUCAAAGACGGUAAUCAUUGACAACUCUCCCCAGGCCUUUGCCUACCAGCUCGCCAAUGGCAUUCCCAUCGAGAGUUGGUUUGUGGAUAGAAAUGAUAAUGAACUUUUGAAGUUAGUACCUUUUCUUGAGAAACUGGUGGAACUGAAUGAAGACGUCAGACCACACAUCCGUGAGCGCUAUCGUUUGCACGACCUCCUGCCUCCAGACUGA